AUGAAGAUUAGGAAAGUAGAGAACAAAACUAGAAGGGAUAGGAUAAGGAAUGUUGCAAUAAGAAACACUUUAGAUGUUAAGCUCAUAGCUACCACAAUACAGGAACAGCAACUAAAGUGGUUUGGGCAUGUUCAUGGUACGCCCACAACUCGGCUUCCGAAGAUCAUGAAAGAGGUCAAAGUCGAAGGAAAGUGCAAGAGAGGUAGACCGAGAAGGAAAUUGGAGGAAGAGAUAGAGGACGCUCUGUGUGAGAGGGGCAGCUCCAUUCGUGAUGUUUUACCACUCACUGCAGACAGAAAGUCAUGGAGGCUCUUGAAGAAGAAGAAGAAGAAGAAGAAGAAGAAGAAGAAGCAAAGGAAAGGAAUCAAAUCAAAGUAUCAUCUCAUCGGUCAUCCUCUCCAUAUUUUAAGGUUAUAA